AAAAGUGGGAGAGAAAGAGAGCAUAAAAUUGGGUGAAAAGAAAGGAGAUGCAUGCAAGAUGAAAAGGAUGGAAACAGUGCAAACUUUGUGGAAAAAAAAAUAUAAAUGAAGGAGGGCCUUGUGGUGUUCGCUGUGACGGACUUCAACUCCCUUUAGUCCUGUAGGAAAGAAUUGUUGCACCAACCUACAGAUGGGACUGAUAAUAAUGCAGAUGACAGCUGUCCUCCUCCUGCUGCUGCUUCUACCUCAUUCACUUUCCUCUGCAGAAACAGGAAGUAGCACACAUUCCAACCAUUCAAAGACACUCAAUGAGGACGUCUCCAACACCCCCGUCAAAAGUCAAAGACAAUUUAAGGGGGACAAAGGUCAAGAGACGUGCGCCAUCCCAUGUGACAUCACUGUUAAGCUGCUGAGAGAUGAGAAACAUUCAGUUUGUGGCCAGCUGCAGCAGUCACUUUUGGCAUUUGGACGUAGCACCCGGAAGCUGAUCAGGGAUGUGAUGGAAGAGCAACAGAAGGCCCUGGAUGUCCUCAGCAACCAGAUCACAGAGAUGAUGACCAAAGUGCAGACGCUCAGCUCAGAGGUUCAGAGAAGCAACACUGAGAUGUUCACUGUCAAACCUGUGCCGUCCCACGGACAAGACUGCAGUGAAAUCAAGGACAAUCUUCUCACAGUGGUCCCAAAGAUCCCCAGUGGUAUUUAUAUCAUCCACCCAGAGAAUACCGAUUCAUCAUUUGAGGUAUUCUGUGAGAUGGACUAUAUGGAAGGUGGCUGGACGGUGAUGCAGAGGAGGACUGAUGGAUUAACUGACUUCAAGCGACCCUGGGCUGAUUAUGCCAGCGGGUUUGGACAUCUUGCAGGAGAACAUUGGUUGGGUCUGAGAAAAAUGCUUCAAAUAGUUAACCAGAAAGACACCCGUUUCCAGCUUCACAUCGCUCUGGUCUCCCAUGAUGACAUCACCUCUUAUGCUUCUUAUGAUGAUUUCUGGCUGGAUGGUGAAUCACAGUUCUUCAGUGUGCACCUGGGAAGAUAUGCAGGCAGUGCAGGUGAUGCAUUUCGGGGAUACAACCAGGAGCAGAAUCAGGACACGGCGCCUUUCAGUGCAUCUGAUGUGGACAACGACGGCUGCAAUCCUUUCUGCUCCAUCGGCAAGUCCACAGUGGAAAGCUGCAGCGACCGGCACAACCACACAGGUUGGUGGUUCAACCAGUGUGGACUGGCAAACCUCAACGGCUCCCCAGAGGAUGAGGAGAAGACUCAUGGACAAAGAACACACAUCCUCUGGGACACCUGGAGACACAAUGGUGUCCCUCACCUUAUCAAAUCUGUAACCAUGAAGAUCAAGAGGAUUCCGACUUAUAACUGAGUGGGAACAGUACAGAGGAGAAACAAGAGGAGAAAGGAGAGAAAAGAAGAAGCUGCACUGCUUCAUUACACAUUAUGGAUUAAAAAGGCUUUUUGGUGCAGUUUCUUGCUUGAUUGUUUCACUUUGACC